AACGUUUGUCAUCGACUUGAGCCCGUACAUGUUGCAAGGCUUGCUGGAAUUAUAACCCAGCAGUUAUCAUGGAUAUUCGACAAGUACCUCUUUCGGAUUUGGAACAACUCGAGACCCCGAACCCCAAAAUUCGUUCUGAUCAGGAUAUUCGGGCUUGGCAGACCACUCGCUCUUAUGGCGAUUAUGCCAUCUUUCUCAGACGGCUCAACGACUCAGUAGUCGGUUAUUAUCUACCCUGGUCAUCUGAGAAUCCAAGCAAUGCGAUAAUCAAUACGGUGAAACUCUUAGAUACACUGGACUCUUGGAUCGACGAGAUCCCACCGCAAGAAACCCCUCAGAGAUUUGGGAACCUUUCUUUUCGCAAAUGGGGUGCACGUUUGGAAGAUGUCAGUUGUUGAUUACAACGGUAUCGCCCGACUGCUCAUGGCCUUCGUUCCCCAGAAAUCGGAUGAACUUUUGAAUGCCCUUCUUCCAUCUGAAUACUCACCAGUGAUUCCUCACCUUAAACCCUACCUCCUCACUUCGUUCGGCUCAUUUCUCCGAAUGGACUAUGGGACUGGCCAUGAAACGUCCUUCGCGCUAUUCUUACUAUGUUUGGUCCUCAUUCGUUUCUUCAAACCAAAACCAGAUGAAGAGCGAGAGCUUGUUCUCAGGGUGUUCCUUCGAUACCUCCGGUUGUGCUGGAGACUUCAAGACGUAUAUAAACUCGAACCAGCUGGUAGCCAUGGGGUUUGGGGUCUGGAUGACUUCCACUUCCUUGGUUAUAUCUUCGGGAGUGGCCAACUUCGAGAUCAAAAAGAAAUACCGGUCUCGGCAGUUCUCAGGCCCCCUUUACCUCCCACGAACCUGUACUUCAUGUUAAUUAUGAGGGUGCAUGAUGUAAAGAACGGCCCAUUUCACGAACAUUCCUCACAACUACAUUCUAUUGCUGUUGGCGUCCCGAAUUGGAGUAAGGUUAACUCCGGACUUUUCAAGAUGUAUGAGGCAGAGGUACUUGGAAAGAGGGUCGUAGUUCAGCACAUUCCGCUUGGAGGGUUAUUGGAAUGGUCCAUUCCCAAUACAGAGACGACCUCGACUAACCCUAAAGCUUCACCGUUACCAGCCCUAGCGUCUCCCCCAGUAAUUCUCAACGGUGCGAGUAGGAUGGAUACGGAUACGCGGACUCGAGCCCCAUGGGCCAACAAUAGGUGAUCUCCCUCACCGAGUCAGUCUGACCUCUUCCACGAACCCGGCGAGUUGGUAGCAAAGGGGUGAUUUCCUUUUGGCCCCCCGAUUCAUCUGUUCGUCUAUCCGAGUGGCAACACAUACUAAUUGUACGAUGGUCGGCCUAAUCGUAAAUACCUAUGUAGAUACGAGAGCUCGAUGCAAGUAGGGUCCACAUAUGUAUUUUACUCAUGGCAAUACGACCGACUUUUACUUUUA